UGCCAUUUUGGGUUUGCUGUUGACGUUUUUGAUGUACACAGUUGCUUCUUGAAACGUGGCGGGUGAAGUUUAUACAAAAAGGUCAGAUAUUUUCCACCUGGAUCAUCACUGACCUUUUCAUGAAAUUGUUUUAAGUAAUCAUAAAUAUCAUCAUCAAUCAUAUAUGCCAUAUUAAUUGUGGAGGCAGAGUCUGAGGUAGUGCUGCUGCCUUCAUUUGUUUUUGCCUCCAUGCUCAGUAUGUUGAUGACGCAUACAGCGGUGCGACUCUGUGGUGGGUGGUGUUGCCAGUGUUAUGUCCGGUCAGGACCAAUUAAUCUGUGUUCGUCUGGUAAUUUCUGUCUGAAAUAGUUAAGUUUCGUUUUGAUCGAAAGUAAAGCGAGUUGCAUGCACAAACCUCUCGUUCAGUGUCCUUUUUAUACACAACAGCCAGAUUGAGUGUUUUGCCGCUACAUAUUAAGGCUACUACAGGGCCAUGUAUUCAUACAUUUUAUUUCCUCUGUUUUCCCGAGAUAGCGGGAUAAUUUUCUCAAAAUCUCGUGAUAACGACAUAAGUAAUUUUAGAUCUUGAGAAAACAAUCGUUCGAUCGUUCAUUGAGUGCAUUCACGCACAACACUGUGGUCGACCACUUUCACUUUCAGCUGAAAAUGGAGCAACACAAUCAUCCCAGUGAAGUGAAGUUUCUGUGUUCUUGACAAAGGUAUGCUUGAUAUUCACUCUUCUUUUAGAUUUAGUCUCCAUGAAAUCCUGAGUGAAAUACCAAUUUACCAGCUAUCUUUCUUUACUAACUUUGUAAGUGCUGUGUGGUUUGGGGCAGUAUGGCAAAUCUAGCGUAAUUUUACAGUGUGUUUGUGCCUGUUUGCAGCCUGCUGCUGUUAGCAUUGUGAGAUUAAUAGUAAAUAUGUCAUGAAAAAAAAAAAAAUCAGCUUAACGUGGCUUUGCUGUCAUUAACUUUUGCUUUCUAUAUUAACUAAUUACUGCUUAAUGGUGUCAGUAAGCAGUAAGUUUAGAAAAGUCACACCAGAAGAAUGUAAGAGUAAAAAUAUGAAGAUCAUUAAUUUCCUGAGGUUUGAACAGUGCUAGCUAGCUGACAGAGCCAAUUAUUACUGGACAUUAUUGGCCUGAGUUGUUAUGUUAUAUGCAAUAAUACAUGUUUUUGUGUGUUUGACAGACAACAGAAAUUUAAUGAUUGGGUCUUUCCUGCCAGCCAGGUGAACACAUCAAGUCCUAGGAGGUCCACUGGAAGGGGCUUGAGUAACUUGUGUAACUUGGUGCACUUCAAUACCUGCUUUAUGCUUUUUUCAGAUAAAGCCAUAUACGCACAUUGGCAGGCAGAGUCAACAGAUCAAUGCCUUUUACGCAAUGAAAGGGUGCUCCAGCCCUACAAAUACCCGCAGGCCAUGACAGUUGGUCAUCGUCGAGCAGACAGAAAAUUGCAAGCAGCGAACAAGAAUACUCCUCUGAUUUCUCAAGGCAACAGUCAGUGGACAACGGAUUAGUCUGAACUGCUGACAACAGAAAACCGUCAUUUAGCAACUAGCUUGACACACAUUAAAUCAAGUACAUUCUUGAAGUGCUGCAGUUAAUCUGCAAGAUGCAAGCUGUUGGUCAGUGUUCAGCCUGCACCAGCCGUGCUGCUGGAGGACUUCUGCGAAAUCACACAGACUUUUCACUGUUGCGGUCCAGCAAGAGUGUUGUCAGGAGAGGAGCAGCCUGCAUCCGUUUCCAAAGUACUGAGAGUGUCCUAUUCAACAGCAGGAAGACUGGAGUCCAGAAGUUGGGGGAAAGGACAGAUGCUGUGCACAUGAGCAUAACAUCUCUUCAUGUUGCCCGUGGGCUUUGUGCUGUACCGUUUGCACAGCAAGUGGAAUACCUCGCUCAUGAGUCCCUGAUCAGAAGAGCAGCCUCAGUGGUUACAGAUAGUUCAAGUACUUUCCUCUCCCAGACCACCUUGGCCCUCAUAGAUGCCAUAACAGACUAUUCAAAGGCUGUGUACACACGCAUUGCUGUCCAAAGACGUUAUUUAGCCUCAUUGGGAAAACUGACUCCAGCAGAGGAGGAUUCGCUCCUGGAGGUGAUCAAUAGCCAGCGUGCACAGAUUAGUGUUAAACUAGAAGAAUGCAGACGUUUUGAGUCAAACUGGAUCAAUGCUGUCAACCUGUGUAAAAUGGCAGCUGAGGCAGCUCAGGCUUCAGGAUCUGAGCAGGCAUCCAUCACAGUGAGGACAAACAUUCAGGUGGCCCAGUCCCAGGUGGAGGAGGCACGGAGGCUGUCAGCAGGCGCAGAUAAGAAGUUGGCCGAGACUAAAGUUGAAGAGAUCCAAAGGAUGGCAGAAUAUGCUGCCUUUCGAGAAGAUAGUGAGGAGCCUGAGCUGCAUGAAGCUUACCUCCGUGAAGACUGAGACACAUAGAUAAGGUAUUGAAAAGUGUAAAAAAUGACAAAAAAAAAAAAAACAACAACAUUUGUAAGCCUGUAAUAUGUUUACAUGUUUGCAAACAAAAUUUUGAAAAGGAAUGAAAUGGCUUGCUAACAAUUUGCAAAUGCUGAGGAUUGCAAAAAUCAUUAUUUAAAACUAUUUAUUUGAUUUGUUAAUAUCAGCCUAGAGCUUCUUGAAGGUGAUUUUAAAAUGUCUAUAUUGUGUAGCAGUGAGGCAUGUCCAACAUCAGAUCAUAAUGUUGUUUUAUUUAAUGUUGUAUUGUAACAAAGACAUUUCUUUUUAUAAAACUAUGGUUUGUAUGUUUGCAAUAAAUGAAAAUUAAACCUUGUAUUUGACUUGA